UACAAGAGCCCCCUGUCCCUCGUGGCUCGCCUUCCUCGCGCCUCUCUCCCCUGUCGACAACGAACUGAAGAGCUCCAAUCUAUCCAUGGCGAAGACGAACACGACCAAGAAGGCGAAGCUACCCAAAACCCCUAUCGAGAAGAAGCUAGACAAGAACACCAAGACCAAGACCAAGUCCAAGAAGCAGCUAACCCGAAAGCCGGACUCCGACUCCGAGUCCGAAGCCGACAAGCUCCCCGGCCUCCUCGAGGCCUACACCAGGGACCAGCUCGUAUCCCUCAUCGUCGAUGCCGCUGUCAAUAACCCUACGCUGUACGAACACAUCCGGGAGGUGGUUGACCGCGACGUCACGCACAGGAAGAUCUUCGUCCACGGCCUCGCCUGGGAUGCCACGCGCCAAACCCUAGUCUUGGCGUUCGAGCAGUUCGGCGAAAUUGAGGACUGCAAUGUCGUGACGGAUCGGGCCACUGGGAAGGCGAAGGGGUACGGGUUCGUGCUGUUCAAGACGCGGAAGGGCGCGUCUAAGGCACUGAAGGAGCCCCAGAAGAGGAUCGGGAAUCGGAUGGCUUCGUGCCAGCUAGCGUCCCUAGGCCCUGCUGCGAAGGAGCCAAAUUCUGGGGCGGCUGCGGCGCCGAAGAAGAAUCUAGGGACUGCAGAUGCAAAGGUGAAGAAUCAGGGGCACGUGAUGCGGGGACAGCUUCCCGGGCAGCAAGGGCAGGUGCAGCCACUUCAGCCACAGGUUAUGGCAGCUUUAGCAGCUGCCCAGAACUUGAACCUGUUUUCUCAGCAUCCGGGCCUUAACCCGAUGUAUAGUGGUUUGCUAACAAGUCCAAAUCCUUCCGGGUUUAUUAGUCCUGCUGCAGCCGGGGCCCUCAGUCAUAGCCCUCUGGGUCUGGGUCACAGUUUUGGGCAAGGAAUGCCAGCAACGAGCCAACUGAGUGGUGGUUCACUGCUUGGCCCUUAUGGAAUAUACGGGAAUUCGGUUGUUUCUGCGUCACCGCAGGCUCAGCCAAGUGCGUCACAGAUUGGGCAGCAGUUAGUUUCUUCAAGGAAUAAGGGGGCCGCUGGUGGAUCUUUCAGUGGGCAUACAUCAUAUUUGUGAUGAAGGGCGCUGAACUUGAGGAAUGAGUGUGCUAUUUGAAGAUAUCUAAGCACCUUUUCUGGGUUAAAUCCUGUGACUUGAUGUGUCACUCAUCUGAGUGGCCUGUAGUUUGUAAAAGACAGUUAUAUUUUGCUCUUGAAAAAGAACUUUGGUAACUUCACCAUUUUCUAUUGCCUGGCACAUUUUAGUUUGAUUAACUGUUUCAUAUUUAUAUGAUUCAUCAUUUUGUCGCA